AUGCCUCACUCAGACAACCCACCACCACCCACAGCUGGCACUCCCAGCUGCCUUCCCACUGGGACCCCAGGCGAAUGUUUCUGGCAGACGCACCACGACGAAUUGAGGGAUCAUCGCUCGACUGAGGACCUUCCCCCACACAGCGACAUUGUGAUUCUUGGUGCCGGAUACGCUGGUGUGAGCACUGCCUAUCAUCUGACCAAGGAUGGUGGCUUCAGCAAAUCCAUCACCAUCUUGGAGGCGCGAGGCGCCUGCUCGGGGGCAACCGGCCGCAAUGGAGGUCACUGCAGGCCUGACUUCUACGGCCACAUCCCUACCUAUAUGGACAGAGCAGGUGACCGAGCCGGUGCAGAGAUCGCAGAAUUUGAGAUCGCAAAUCUCCGUGCCUUGAAGAAAGUCAUCGAGCGAGAAAAUAUCGAUUGCGACUUCACUCUGGCACGUUCUGUUGAUGUUUGGUGCAAUGAAGAGGCCGCCAAGAGUGCUAAGGCAGUGUAUGACCGAAUGGUCGCUGCUGACUUUGAAUACAUGGAAGAUGUCGUGUUUUAUACUGGUGACCAAGUGGAAGGAAUCUGUGGCGUUAAAGGCGCGAAAGCAUGCGCCAGCUUCACAGCUGGCACAAUGUGGCCGUUUAAAUUUAUCAUGCACCUUAUCAAGAAGCUCCUCGCUGUUGGGGUAAACCUGCAAACACAUACACCGGCUACAUCAAUUACACAGUGCGCGCAAGGCGGAUAUAUUAUCGACACGCCUAGAGGCAGAAUGCAUGCGGACAACGUCAUCCACGCAAACAAUGCAUACGUUUCCGGGCUUCUUCCCGAGUACAGCAAGAAUAUCGUUCCGUGCAAGGGUAUUUGCAGCCGCAUCACAGUCCCCGAGGGAACCACAGCGCCCCUCCUCAACAACUCAUACAUCAACCGAACAGAAGACAACACACUCUCAUACUUUGUCCCUCGCGCCGACGGCAGUAUCAUCGUCGGAGGUGCCGCCAAGUUGUUCAGACCCUUCCCAGAGCAAUGGUACGACAACGUGAACGACAGCAACCUCAUUGAUUCCGCGAAGGACUACUAUGAUGGCUAUAUGCAACGCACAUACCGUGGCUGGGAGAAUACUGGUGCGAAGGUUGACAAGAUCUGGACUGGUGUUAUGGGCUAUUCAUACGACUCAAAUCCCCACAUCGGACAUGUCCCGAACAAGGACGGUCAGUAUAUUCUGGCUGGUUUUAACGGACACGGUAUGCCGGUUAUCUGGCUCGCCGCACAGGAGCUGGCUAAAAUGGUUUCCGACGGUGUGUCAUUCGAAGAAACCAGCAUGCCGCGCCUCUUCCAAACCAGUCAGUUCCGCAUUGAUCGUGCGCAGUCUGGGAAGGCAGAGGAUGGUGAUAUUUUGGGGACUGGAAAUUUUGCUGCGACAAAGCCUUGA